AUGUUUAAGGGAGUGGUGUUUCUGGCGUGUUUAGUAACUUGUUGCUCCGCUCAGGUGCCAUGCCACGCUGGGUUCUUUGGUUCCAAAGGGCAAGCAUGUAGAGGUGGGUCUGUUAUUCGACCUAAUAUAAUAGCCUAAGGAUUUCUGACGUACUUCGGAAGCUGCGUUGUUUUCGGUCUCUGCCAUGCUCAGUUGGACACUUAGGGUCUUACUGAUGACAAUCUGAUGAGAGAGUUGUUUCUUUUUUUCAUGUUUCCAUAUGCUUUGCCAACCAUAUCAGCUAGGGGAAAUCGCAAAGCGUCCGUGUAAUAUUGUAUAGAUUUUUUUUUUAUAUUCAUCGUGACUUAAAAGGGAUCGGGAUUGACACCUUGAGAAGCUUUACCAAAUCGCAUUUUAUUGGUCAUCAACUUAGUAGACUUACAAAACCUUAGGGUAAAAAAAACAAAAAAACAACGAGGGAUGCCAGCCCAUACUUAAAUGGUCAAAGACAAUUUAUCCAUGCACAUUUAUAAAAGUUCAGAGUAGUUUACGUUUGGCACUCAGAGCGAAUCAUGAAAAGGUAUAGUACGGUGAAUUCGAGACUUUGAGAGACUGUGAGAAACUGCUUUCAAAAUUCGUGACCGAGACUUAUAAUUUUGAAAGCUUUAUGAUUAAUGUCUGGGCGCUCUGUCUUGGCGCAGGGAUUUCUCUCAGAUUUCGAGACAAAUUCUUUCUUUCUUUAUUUUCAUAGUUCAGAUAUGGUUCAUACAACAAAAACUUUCCUCAAAUCUUUUAUUUUAUCGUGCCUCCACGCGUGUUUGUGAUUUAAAGGAUACUGACCAAACUAACAUGAAAGUUUCCUUUGGAUCGAGCGAUUGAGCCUUUUCUAAAUCAGGUCCUGGUUGCUCAAAGAAUGGAUAGCGGACGCCCACAGUAUUAAUCUCUGCACAGUGCAUAAUUCCCCUGCUUUCUAGCUACUCAAAAAUUAAUUUUGGGUUUAAUUUAUUUAUAUCUUUUUUUUCCCAUGAAAUGUUAGAAUGUCCACAUAACACAUACAAAGAUUACAUUGGCUUUGCAAGUUCCUGUAAGCCUUGCCCGGUAAAUUCGGGUCACAAUCUUCUUGGAAGUCAUAUUUUUAGUGACUGCAAAUGCUUGAAAGGGUAUUCAGGGGACCCAAUGCAGGACAUUCCAUGCACAAGUAAGAAAGAAGUUUGCAGUUUGUCUACUUUACUUCAUUUUAUCUGUUUUCCCCCCACAUUUAUAUUUUCGCUCCCCUGAUAGCUACCUUCCAGUUUCACCAUUUGAUAACGACGUUAUUACUUUUACAUAGCCGUUACUUGCUUUAGACUUUUCCCUCCUUGCCUACUGAAUUACAAAGAACGUAUCAUUUUUGAUAUACGAUUUGUUAACUGCGGCGUCUAUUUAACAAUGAUUCCACGAGUGCGCGUUGGAUAUGAAAUGGUGGAUAGCCAACGAGGCGCAUAGCGCCAAGUUGGCUAUAAUCAUCUCAUAUUCAGCAAGGGCGAGUGGAAUAAUUGUUUUAUUAAAAAACGCUCACAAAAUAUCGAGAAUUAUUCCCGACUUUAUUUGUAAAAACAACCGGUUUUCAGCUUGUUUUUAAAUUUGAGCAGACGCGUACUGGGUACAGUUACGAUAUUUGGAGCUCAUAUACUAUGAUGGCUAAGCCAAUCAGAGUCCUUGAAUUGCAUUAUCCAAUGAUUCGGUUUUUAAUAAUGUGCUUUAUUAUUCUCAACAGUAAGACUUUGUGAUCCGUUUGCCCCUCCAAUAAAUGGGUUCUUAGUUGGUAUCUGCAACUCUGAAUACAACUCUGUUUGCCGCAUCAAAUGUAACGAAGGUUAUGAAUUAGAAGGAGGAAGUGCGCAUGCGGACAGAAAGUGCAUCGUGAAUAAAAACAAUCACAUGGAGUGGACAGGAGGACUUUUUUAUUGCUCUCGUAAGAUAAAAGUCAUGUGA